AUUUAUUUAUCUUUAUUUUUUCAAUUUUACAUUGAUUUUGUAAAACACAACAUUUGAUUUGUUCAUACACAAAUUCAAGCAAACAUAAAAAAAGCACAAAUGGUAAAACUCACAAAAAAUUCAAUUUUAUUGUGAUUUGGUAGACUGAUCAGUUUAUUAGCUAAUUAAACAGGUUAGAAUAUAAUCUCAUUUUUGAGAAAACAAUCAAACUCAUUUGAAGGCCUGCCAUGCCUGAAGAAUGAUAAGCGUCCAACACUUUAAAUGCUGUCAGAUAUGGUUACCCUGUUAAUUACUUGGAUCUCCAGCACAAUGGCACUAGGCGAAGAGACUUGGAGAAGAGAAGCCUCGUGGGAAGCCACAUUCAAUGAACUCAAGUUGUAUCAUGACAAGGCAUAUAAGAAAAUUGAUGAAGCAUUGAAAUUUGAUGAAGAAGGACAAAAGAAUAAAGCUCUGGCCGCUUAUGAUGAGGGCUUGAUGCUCAUAGACAAAGCUCUGGCAGUGAAUAUCGAGUGUCCGAGCAACCCCGACUUCAGCUGGGAGAAAGCCUGCAGUAUGGUCGACAAACUGAGAAAAACCAGAAAGGAAAUACUGUCGAGGAUAGCGGACACUCAGGUGCAGAGGCCUGCAGAGCUAAGACCUCCCGAGAGACCGGAAGACCUAGCGCUGGAGCCCCCACCAUCGUACGAAGAAGCGAUGGCGACAUCCCCUGUCAACCGUAGCCCUGCCCCCGUCAGUUCCCCUCGCACCUACACGGAGCUGGGGCAGGCUCUGCAGGAACUCAAGGUGGAGGCGGACAUGCAGUCUGUGCAGGUUAUCUUCCACGUGGAGGACGUGCGAGUGUACUUCAUCUCCCCGGACGGCACAGUCAGUGCUCCGUCACAGCCCAACCAACUCAGGAUCCUGCAACUGGAAGCUCACUCAUUAAAUGCUUUGGAAAAUGGUAAUUGUAUUGUUGAUGGGAGAGAUGCCAGUCUGCCCAAGUUCUUCCUCCAAGUCGGGGACUGGUUUUACCCCUUGGUCCCAGAUGUUUCCCCGUGCUUCCGGUCAGAUUAUGGUGCUUUCAUCCUGCCUGACUUGCGAUCUGACGUAGAAGGAGCUGCUGUGGGAUUGAUUCUGCCACCAGAGUCUGACAUCUCCCUGUACAAUUUCCUGGAGGAUGUGCUACAUGGUGUGGUGUCUCAGCCGCCCGCUGUCCCUCCUCGCAUUCGAGGACGCAGAGAUAACUUUAGUACGUCCAUCAGCAAGGGCAUUGUCUCAGGUGCACACUACUUGUCUACGGGUCUGAUCAAGGGGGCAGAGGCAGCGAGUCAGUACAUGACUGCAACCACACCCAAGAUCAUCUCUCGUAUACAGCCCGAGGAGCCUCGCCCCGUACCUCCUACGCUACGCACAGGUGCCAAAGUGGCGCGCUCGGUUACGCACACCGCAGUUAAUGUCACCGGCUACGUUGAAAGUCCAGAAAAGCCAGUAAAACACUCACGUCGCCAUAAGCACUCAUUGUCAAAGUUGACUAGAGAGUUUAACAAGAAGCUGGCCCUGAGGGCAGAGACCCCUAGCUCUGUGGAGGGGGAGGAGAUGCCAGGGGAGCGACCGAGGGGCAGGCGGCGUCACGGCAGACACAGGCAGCACGCUACGUUUGUCCUGGGGAAAUCAGGGAAGGUGGGUUCUGCUACGAUGGCUCUGGGCCGUUACUUGGCACCUCACAUACAGCGUGGAGGCACGGCACUACUGAGUAAGGCAGGGGUGGGGGAGCAGACGGCAGCAGAGGGGGUGGGAGGGGUGCUGACCGUGGCGGCCGGUGCCGUCGAGGGUUUCGGCACCAUCUACACGGGGUUGGAGCAGUCUGCCGGCAUUCUGGGCACAAGUCUCACUAACAACACUGUGCAGAUAGUGCAGCACAAGUACGGGGAGCCGAUGGCUGAGGUGACAGGGGACACCCUGUACACGGUGGGGAAUGUCAUCAACACCUCCAACAACAUUCACAACUUGACACCCAAGGGCCUGGCCAAGCGGGCAGCCAAGAACACGGGCAAAGCCAUAGUCGAGCCUCACCUGCCAGACAAAGGGCUUGAUGAACCAUCUACCUCAUACAAACAAAAAUGAGUUGACUUCUCUUCUUUAUAAUUAUGUACAGGCCUAUGUUGGUUAUUGUUGGUCAUACUCAUUUGUAAUGGUUGUUUCUAAAGUUACUUUAAUUAACGUUGCACAGUACUUGUUAAAUUUAUAUUAUGCAUACAUUUUGUUAAGUUUUUAAUAUACGAAGUGGCUUAUGCAGGAAAUCUAGUAUUAGCUUGUAUUUUUGUAAAAUGAAAUAUAUUCUAUAGUUAUAUUUUAAUGAAAUUAUUCGCUGACUAUAUUUAAUAUAGAUGUAUGUAUCAUAUAGUGAUUAAAACUUAUUGAAGACUGGGGAAAAAUAAAUAAAUAAUGUUAGGAAGCAUUAAGCUUAAGAAUAACUAUUUGUUUUUAAUGUGAGCUAAAAUAAGUAUGCCUCAGAUAUUAAGCAUGCUUGUGACAUGUAUUAAGACAAAACAAGUACUCGUAUUUUUGUAAUCAAUUUGUAUUUUAAGGAUUUUUAAUAUUUUAUUUGGUUUUUAAAAAACGUAUUUAAUUGUACUCAAAUCAAUUACUGUUUAAUUUUAGUUUAUAUUAUGCAAUAUUUUUAUGAUGUUCACGUCUAAAAUUUGGAAAUCAUUAUUUUCGUUAUAAAUCUAUAGCUUAAAAAGAUAUAGGAAAUUCAUAAUUAUUUACAGAUUACGUUACAUUGUUUAGGCAUAGUGUUCAAAAUACAACAAUACAUCUGUCCACCUAUGCAAAAUUAUUUCUUGAAAGUAGUUAGUAAAAAUGUUCUCAGUGAAUUGUUAAUCUGAGGUCCUACAUUUUCUUCACGUUGUUUAUGUGUAUUAUUCAUAUUAAAAUGACAAGCAGGGGUUUGCAUUUCUCGUAGGGGUGUUCAUUGAUGAGGUUUAGUUAAAUUUGGAAAUAUAUUCCUCAGAGACUAUGUGGAAGCUCCAUGUUGCAGGUGUUGAUGUGAUGAGGUUCAGUUUUGGUAGAUAAUAAUUUUUAUUUAGUACUAGACAGGUCUCCCAAGUUAGUAAUGCCAAUUUGUAGUGCCGGUUCAGUUAUUUAAGGAAAUUUGAUCUUAAUGAUAAUUCUUAAAGUACAAAAGUUUGUUGUAUCAGUUAGAAAAUAAUUCAGAAAUAUUCGAAGAAGUCUAUUUUCAUAGUUCCGUGUUGCUUGUGCGAAUUUGAAAAGCAUUGAUUAAAUUAAAAUUUGGGGUGUCAAUUCAUCAGUUUCAAUAAAUUUGGAAUAUUUAAAUGUGAGUAAUUGAAUUUAAUGGCACAAAUUUAAUCCUUGUAUGUCUUAGCACACAAGACAAAUUUUGGUAACAUUUGCAAACCCCUAAUUGGUUAUACAAGUUACGCAUAUUCUUGCCCUAGCUAUUGAUAGUUUCAGUUCAAUAACUACACUUUCAGUAUGUGUUCAGUAAAAAAAAUUACAAGAAAAUUUAUUGUGUACUUAACUUGAAUUAAGCACGAUUUUAAAUAGUUUUGGAAAAAUUUUAAUCAACUUUUAUUAAAGUACAAAGUAUUAUAAUUUUAUAUUUCUAACAGUCCCUUAGACUUAUAAAAUCAGAUCUGUAUGAGAGAUAGUUUGUUUCUCUGUGCAUGCUUCUAUCACAUGAACAGCAAGCUCAGGUCAUACGAACAGCAUGCUCAGGUCACAUGAACAACGGGCUUCUAUCACAUGAACAGCAUGCUAUUAAUGGUAAUAGAUAUUAUUGGAUAAAAAGCGUGCUUAUGUCACAUGAACAGCAUACUAUUGCAUGAACAGUGUGCUCAAGUCACAUGAACAGAAUGCUAAUGGCACAUGAACAUCAUACUCGUGUCGCAUGAUCACUGUACCUGUGUCACAUGAUCACUGUACCUGUGUUGCAUGAUCACUGUACUCGUGUCAUAUGAUCACUGUACUCGUGUCACAUGAUCACUGUACCUGUGUCACAUGAUCACUGUACCCGUGUAGCAUGAUCACUGUACUCGUGUCAUAUGAUCACUGUACUCAUGUCGCAUAAUCACUGUACUCAUGUCGCAUAAUCACUGUACCCGUGUAGCAUGAUCACUGUACCUGUGUCGCAUGAUCACUGUACUCGUGUCAUAUGAUCACUGUACUCAUGUCGCAUAAUCACUGUACUCAUGUCACAAGAUCACUGUACCCGUGUCACAUGAUCACUGUACUCGUGUCAUAUGAUCACUGUACCUGUGUCGGAAUGAUCAAUGUACCCGUGUAGCAUGAUCACUGUACUUGUGUCAUAUGAUCACUGUACUCAUGUCGCAUAAUCACUGUACUCGUGUCACAUGAUCACUGUACUCGUGUCACAUGAUCACUGUACCCGUGUCACAUGAUCACUGUACCCGUGUCACAUGAUCAAUGUACCUGUGUCACUUGAUCAAUGCACUCGUGUCACAUGAUCACUGUACUCGUAUCACAUGAUCACUGUACCCGUGUCACAUGAUCACUGUACCCGUGUCACAUGAUCAAUGUACCCAUGUCACAUGAUCACUGUACUCGUGUCAUAUGAUCACUGUACCUGUGUCGGAAUGAUCACUGUACCCGUGUAGCAUGAUCACUGUACUCGUGUCAUGAUCACUGUACCCGUGUCACAUAAUCACUGUACUCGUGUCACAUGAUCACUGUACUCGUGUCACAUGAUCACUGUACCCGUGUCACAUGAUCACUGUACCCGUGUCACAUGAUCAAUGUACCCGUGUCACUUGAUCAAUGCACUCGUGUCACAUGAUCACUGUACUCGUAUCACAUGAAUAGUGUGUGUUCAUGUCACAUAAACAGCUUGCUCACAUUAGAUGAACAGCAUACUUGUAUCACAUGAGUAGCAUGUUUGUAUCAUGUGAAUAUUAGAUGAACAAUUAUCAAAAUAAAUAAGCUUAACAAAUGAGCUUUCUCACUCACCAAUUUGUUUAUCCAAGUUUAUCACGUGGCCAGUUCUCCUUUACUUUUAGAUAUAAUAUUAUACAAAAUAAUUUAAAUUUAAUUUAUGCUUAAUUAUUAUGAACUAUACAGACAAAAGUCACAAUAAAUUUUAUCUUUGAUAAUCUCUUUGGGUAACUUUUCAAAAGUGUACAGAAUUUAUAAUCACACAGCAAUUGUGUUUGUAUACAUUGUUACCUUAGGAAUACUCUAUCAUUAGCUAUUGCAAUCAAAGACUGUUAAGUUCUUAUAAUAGAUUUAAAAUAUAUUUUUUCACAACUAACAGCUUCACGGUUUUAAUAUAAUUAUUUUAAUAAAAAUAGAUUAGUAAAAAGUCUAGUGAUUGGUUCUGAUGGUAGAUGUAUAGAAAUUUAAAAUUAGGUGAUAUGGGUUAAGGUAGAUAAGAAGAAAAUACUAGGUUUGAAACAUACUUGUCUAAAAUAAAAAUUAUAAAUGUUUACUUUGUGAAUAAAAUUCACUUGCAUUGUCAUUACAUUUGCUGUUUUUAAAAUUAAUCCUUGCAUGUAUUUCGUUAAAUAAUAUCCAUUUGGGAAAGUUCGUCUUAUAUUCUCCUCACUAACGUUAGAGUCAAUAAAUAAUGUUAGUACGAUUAUUCAAGGGACCAUUUUGACAGAGUAAUAACAAUCCAUCAUAAAAUUAAAAAAAGAAUUCAAGAAAACUAUUUCAUUUUUAUUGGCAAAGUACAUUUCAGUAGCAGUAAUGUACUUUAGAUAUUAAUACUGUUAUUGUACUUUGUUUAAAUUAAUAUUACCAGAAGUUAUGAAUAUUCUGAUGUAAUAAUUUGUUAUGUGCGGCUAUUGUGGUUCUGUUGGAUCUAGAAUAAGGUCUGUGAAGGUGGUAUGUAAGUUGCCUCAAUUAUUUAGGCAAAAUUCAUAUACAAAAUAUAUUUGUAUAUGAAUAUACAGAAAAGUUAUUAAUAAUAAUUUCACAAAAAUCUAGUUUCUUGAUUGUUCUUGGCUUUUUGCACUUUUUUCAUUAUAAGAAUCCUGUUGUUGCUUUGUAUGUUCAACAUCAUUUUCA